UCGAACGCUUGAAAAGGCAAGUUCUUUGCUUUAUUUUGUAUUUGAUACCAUUUUAACGUUCAUCGUCUUCUCGUUAUAUUCAGAUAUCACUUUCGUACGUGAUAGAGUACGGCUUUGUUAGGAUUAUCAGGGAACACGGUGAAGUUAAUUGAAUAAUAGCAGAAAUGUUGAAAAUCACAUUGCUUAUUCUAUUUUGCGCCAUAUCAGAUUAUGGUAUAAGCGGACAGUCUAAUGAUGAGAUACAAGUAUCAAUUAAACCUAUAGAUGCAACAGAAAUUAAAAAAUUAAAACCUGUAUUUUCAAAUUCAAAUUUUACUUCAAAUGAAACAGCUUCACAAACACAAGAAGCUUCAAAAAAUUCAAAUGUAACAGUUUCUAAUGUAGCAGCACUAAAACCACAAACAGAAACUGUUGCGUCAAGUACAAUUACUAUUAAAAAUGAAGAUUCUUUUACGCCAAAUACUCGAAAUAUUGAAAAUACAUCUGCAAAUACUCUCAUCAAUCAAAGUUCGUUCAAAGAUGUUGAAAAUGUUCUUGAGAAAGAUUUAAAUAAAUCUAUUCUAAUUAAACCUUCUGUUAAACCUGUACCUUUAUCAUCUACUCCAAUUAUUUCCCAAUCUAUUACUAUAGCACCAAUUGAUUCUGUACCAGUUCCAAAACCUGGAAAGUGGAUACUUAAUCAAACCGGUGAAAUUUGUAUUAUUAUUAGUAUGGCUGUACAGUUUAACAUUUCUGAUGUUUUUAAAAAAGAUAACCAGACAAUAUACAAAGUAUUCAACCUGCCUGAUAAAAAUAAUAUGACUAAAGUAUCUGGCUCAUGUGGACAUUUAGAGCAAAAUAUAACUUUACAAUGGAAUGAAACUGCAAAUGUAACAAAUAACUUUGUUCUUCACUUUAUCAAAAAUGAUACCACAAAACAAUAUUCUUUGCAUCAUUUAGAACUCACCCUUACUGAAGGAAACGAAACUUCAAUGUUUGUACACAAUGCAACACUAUUUUCUAUUGGAUUGAGUAAUUCAUACAGAUGUUUAAAACAACAAAAUUUCACUUUGAACUCAAAUAAAACAGUAGGAUAUUUAAUGAUAUCUGAUUUACAAUUCCAGGCCUUUAAAGAAGACAAAAAUGUAGAUUUUGGUGAAGUUAAAGAUUGUAAACUGGAUACACCAGAUAUUGUUCCAAUAGCUGUGGGUUGUGCACUGGCAGGUUUGGUAAUCAUUGUACUGAUCGCCUAUCUUAUAGGACGUAAGCGAAGCCAAGCACGUGGUUAUCUUAGUAUGUAAUCUGCUUGAAGUCAGAUUUUUUACUGGUCAGUUUAUAAUUUUUUCUUAUAUAAAUUUUGCAUUACAAGAAUCAGUUAUACUACAAAUUUAUCUAAUUACUCAUUGUGCUCAUAGACUAUAAAUGAAUCUAUACAGUUAAAGUAUAAAACUUUUUGUUCAUAAAGUUACUAUUAAAAUUAUAAUGCCAAGCAGUUAAUUAGUAAGAUAGUUUUAAGGUAUGUAUAGCCGAGAAUUUGCAGUUUAUAAAAAGUGAAAGUUGCAAUACUAUGCUAUAUCUAUGUAUAUCUGUACGUUUCGAUGAGCGAAUUAUCUUCUAGAGGUUGAAUCUCGUGGAAACGUUUGAGUUGGUAUUGUUGGAGUAAUGGUGUAUCACAAGCGGCAGUAUUCUUUAAAUAAGUAUAACAAAUCUGAGGAGGCAUUGUUUAAUUUAUUACAUACAGACGUAUAAAGAAUUAUAUUUGCCGAAUAUUUACAAUCAUUAAGUGUCUCAUAAAAGAUCUAAUUAUUUCGUUUUAGAAUAAAAGAAUGUAAAUUUUUAUUAUUAUUUGCAUAGAGAAAUUUAAUAGAAUACAAAAUGUUAGUAAAAUUUAUUUGUCAUCCUUAUUGCUUUUUCUUGAGGAAUUACUGUUGGUAAAUGCGAAAGACUGUGAUCCAUGGUAUAUAUAUAUUUUUUUUUUUCACAAAAAUAGGAAAGGGCAUGGAUUAUAUGGAUUUAAGUAGAUAAUCCUGCUUCUGCCUACCCUUUCGCAUAAAUGAACAUGUGAAACUAGAUGAAUAUAGGCCGUGUAUGCUACUCCAGAAGAUACUGUUAAAUCAUUAGCCAUUAGAGUUGCCUUGUCUUUUUUUUAAAUGAAUUCCUGUUUAUUCAAAUAAUUAGUUACCUAUUAACUCAUAGAGUACGAAGCAGGAUGGAACUGAGCACUCAAUAUGGCCAGUGCUUAUUUUAAAAUAAAAAUUAAUAUCAAAUUUUAAACUUUCUCCAUGAUAAUUGAUGAUAAUGUGCAAAUAUAAAACAUAAAGAAACAUUCUUUUGAAAAUUCAAUUUAUCUUAAAAACGCAAAGAAAUUUGUGUGUAAGUAAUAAAUUGAAAUAAUUACAGAGUCAUAUAUUAGUUAUUAGGCCAUAAUGAGUUUUCUAACAGUAGUCUAAAGGUUAAAUGUGAUUCAUAAUCGAUAUAAUAUUAUGAUGAAAAUAUUUACAAUUGAGUUAUGGAAAAAUUAUUUUUCAUAUUAUAUGAAUUAAUUAUGAAUAAAGGAUGCUAAUUAAUAAUUUAA